UCUUGUGCUGGCAGGGCAAUAGGCAGGAACGCUUCGGCCCACCCCACCAACGAAAUGGAGCUCUCCCGUAAGAGCGCGGGCCUCGCCCUCUUCUUCCUCGGGCUUGCCGCUAGGCAAGCCUCGGCUGUCACCACCUGCCCCGCCCUCAUCACCGCGGUUGAGGCCAUCUCCGGCACAGGGACGGCAGAGCUCGAGGGCAGCUUUACGUGCGACACACACAUCACGGUCGCUGCUAGCCAGGAUGUCACCAUCAGCGGCGCCUACACCAUCACCCUGGGCCCACUCUUCGCCGGCAGCACGGACACGGACGCGGGGGGCAGCCUGUUCAUGAACGAGGGCACGCUGAAGCUCGACGGCAUCACGUUCGCCACGGAAACAACGGAUGGGAACCGCGCUGUCUGGAACGCCGGAACGCUUUCGCUGGAAGGCUGCACGUUCGAACUUUACCCGACCGGAGCAUUUCUCUCGAGGGGCGGUGUGGUUUACUCCGACUCUGCGGGAACGAUUUCCAUCUCAGACUCCACCUUCACAUCAAACCUCGCGAGCGAGAGGGGCGGUGCAGUGUACGCCAUCGGCUCCGAAACCCUCACCAUCGCGGACUCCCUUUUCAGGGGCAACGAAGUUGGGACGGGCGUUGACGCGGACGGCGCAGGAGGCGACGUUUACGUAGGCACCAACGUUGAGCUCACGGUCACUGGCACUACGUUCUCGACGUCUGUGGCCGAGUACGGCGGAGCUGCCAUCGAGUGCUGCGGCGCGGUAAUCUCCAACUGCACCUUCACGGGAGCGGACACUUCCAGCGACGCCGCACACUACGGCGGGGCGCUGCUGGUCAACCGCCCUGACCAAGACCCGUGCCCGAGGGACCUUGACCUCUCAGACUCGACGUUCAGCGGGUGCACCGUAGUUAGCACUACUGGAGCGGGCGGUUCCGUGGCCAUCUUCGACACUUCGGCAACAAUUACCGACUGCACUUUCGAGAGCAGCGUUGGCACGGCGGUGCUGUUCUCGUCUUCCAGCGAUUCCGGAGAACACCAGCUUCUCAUGAACUACGUCCAGUUCAACCUCAACACCCUCCCCGCUGAGGCGUACGUCACCGACACUGAGCAGGGAGCUGCGAUCGUCGUGACGAACACGGGCGUGGCUGAUGGAGAGACGACGGUGACCAUGGGCGAGUUCGACGACAUAUACUGCUUCGCCAAUGAGCCUUACGAGUGCGAGUUUGUGUACGAUCAGUCGGACAUUGUCCACAACGGGGAGUUUAAGUGCCAAAUCUGCGAUAUCGACGGGGUGCAACAAGUCAGUGGCACCGACGGCGACUUGACCGGAAGCAUCGACCAGAGUUCGAGCUCCAACUCGUGGGACUCCAAGGACUACAUUAUCAUUGGCCUGUCGGCAGCUUUGGCAUUGUGCAUCAUCCUCGCAAUCGGCUUUCUGGUAGCACGGGCGUACAAAAAACACAGGGCGCCCAGUGAAACACAGCCCCCUCCCACAACAGGCACUCCCGCUCCACCUGCCCCACCCGCACCGGCAGCCCCACCAGCCACAACAGGCACUGCUGAGCCUGUCGAAUCGUAAGCUGUGGACGUGUCGAGCUUCCAGCACCAUUAGCAGUUUGCGAAGUCUCCGGAAGCGGAAAAAAAAAACAAGGGCGAGUAGAUCGCUACGUCAUGAUAGUGGUAAGGCGAUAUGCCAUUCUUUGAAAUGUGAUGCGUGUACAGCGUGUGACGACGCAAAACCGCCACAGAAGGCCGAACGUUGGAGGCCUCAUGCGAGUAUUGGUCUAACUUGCAUGGCUUGCGAUAUGCUCGCCAAGGUAUUGGGCAACGAUUGCACCAGAGUUUGUGGUAGAAAAUUCACGAAGUUUUUCACCCGUGACCAGAAAGGUCAUACUGUAGAAGAGUCUAUUUCGAGAGAAUGACGUACCCCGAGUCUUGUAUGGCUUGCACUGGGUAACGUUUUGAGCAACGAUUGCAACAGAGUUUGUGGUAGAAGUUUCAAAAUGUUUUCCACCGCCUACCGGAAUGGUCAUAGGAGAGUCUAUUCUGAGAGACUCAAGUACCCCUAGAGCAAUACGCAUCCGCUAGAAGUUGUGUUUCAGGUACAUAGUUUCACAGAACACGUGUUUUUCAAGGCGAGCAAACCGCGCCAGAUGGCGAGACUGUAGGGGGUGUCCUUGGCUUUCCAGUUCGAGGCCAGCUCAUUUUUAAACGUGUCAUCAACGAGGACACGGGCACGCAAACCAGUCUAUCACCAUUUUUGAGGAGAAGACGGCUCAAAAAAUAUUUGUUCUGGACGGCGCCCAGCGUUUGCUUUCAUUGGGGGAAUUCACAUCCAAAUAGAAUUUCAGUAAAUGGACUGGUCCGGCCUGAUUGGAUCCGCACUGUGUGUUCGUAUUAUUGCUCCUGUAUUUGUCUCGUAGUUCGUAUCGUUUCGGAG